UAAUGCUAUUUUAGUGUUGUUCUGCAGGCAUUGCUGUAUAGGCUUGCUGGUGACUAUAAUCCUUUGCAUUCAGAUCCUAUGGUUGCGAAAAUUGCAGGGUUCUCACGCCCAAUAUUGCAUGGGUUAUGCACACUCGGGUUUGCAGUAAGGGCAAUCAUUAAAUGUCUCUGCCGAGGAGACCCAAACUUGAUCAAAAACAUAUCCGCACGGUUCCUUUUGCAUGUGUACCCUGGAGAAACUUUGAUCACUGAAAUGUGGCUUGAAGGCUUAAGGGUUAUAUAUCAGGUGAUGGUGAAAGAACGAAACCGGGCUGUGCUAUCUGGCUAUGUGGAUGUCCAUCGUUUAACUUCAGCAUUGUGAAUUAGUUUAGUGCAUAAUAAACAUACAGACCUUUGAUUCUAUUUUCAUGUGGUCAAAAUAAUACUUUCUGGAAUUUGUUGUCGAAAGAGGGCGUGUUCAGUAAGUGGCUAUAAAAGCCUAAUAUUGUUGUUUAAAUCAUGACCAUCCAUUCUCCAUCCAACAGCUCGAAAUUUAUCACGUAUCCCACUUGAUAUAAAAUGAUAAAAUAUUAUUUAAAUUUUAAAAAUAAAUAUAAAAUAAAAUAAUUAAAAAAAACUUAUUAAAAAACAUGGGGUGGCUCGGCCACCCCAUUUUGCCCUAGGGAUGGCCGAUGCCACCUCAUGGGGCCUUAGGGGGUGGUUCGGCACCUCAUGGUUAUUGUCUGAGAUCCCAAUCUUCAGUUAAAUACUUUUUGAUUCAUUAUGAAUUGAAGAGGAUUUGGAUCCUUAAGAGAAAGCCUCUUAAUUGAGUGGAAGGCUCAUUUGUCCCAACAAAUACAAAUAAUAACACUAGGAGAAAAAUUCCCCAAUUAUUGGGAAUUCCGAAUUUCCGACCCCCAAGAAAAAGAUGUUCACAUUUGGAGAAGAAACCAAAAUGGGCUCCGGAUCCGUUACUUAUUAGGAGAAAAAAACCUAGUAAAUAGAAGGUAAGACUUUGCCUUGCCACAAGGGACGUUCCGUCAACUUCUCUAUCCAAUCCGACAGGAGUACUUUUUAUAUUAUUUAUAGUUUUGGGGAAUCCGAUAACUCAAUUUCGGUCUGGAUACAUUUGCUUUUACAGCGCUUCGGAGGAAUUAAGCACUAUCACGGCCACUGAUGGCGGACACUGCAGAAUUUGAUCCCGACCUAAUUCGUUCUUACAAAUUCCCUGAGACGACAUACACCUACACCGAAAGAGAUGUAGUGCUCUAUGCCUUGGGCGUUGGAGCGUGCGCGCGGGACGCCCUUGAUGUCGACGAGCUUAAGUAUGUUUACCAUGAAGGUGGGCAACAAUUUGUUCAGGUCUUGCCAACAUUUGCUGCUCUAUUUUCGAAUGGAAAUCUUAUUAAUCUGCCAGGGUUGCAAUUUGAUCCACGUCUUCUACUGCAUGGACAGCAAUACAUAGAAUUACACAAGCCAUUUCCUUCAAGUGCAUGUAUAUACAAUAAAGUCAGUCUUGCAGGAUUGCAUGAUAAAGGUAAAGCAGCUAUUCUUGAGAUCGAGACAAAAAGCUAUGAGAAAGAGUCUGGUGAAUUAUUAUGCAUGAACCGGAUUACUUUCUUUCUGCGGGGUGCUGGUGGCUUCUCAAAAUCAUCUGAGCCGUAUUCCUACUCAAACUAUUCAACCGACAAGGUUUCAGCUGUGAAAAUCCCAGAAAGUCAACCAUUUAUGGUGUUUGAGGAUUGUACCCAACCAUCUCAGGCAUUGCUGUAUAGGCUUGCUGGUGACUAUAAUCCUUUGCAUUCAGAUCCUAUAGUUGCAAAAAUUGCAGGAUUCUCACGCCCAAUAUUGCAUGGGUUAUGCGCACUCGGGUUUGCAGUAAGGGCAAUCAUUAAAUGUCUCUGCCGAGGAGACCCAAACUUGGUCAAAAACAUAUCAGCACGGUUCCUUUUGCACGUGUACCCUGGAGAAACUUUGAUCACUGAAAUGUGGCUUGAAGGCUUAAGGGUUAUAUAUCAGGUGAAGGUGAAAGAACGAAACCAGGCUGUGCUAUCUGGCUAUGUGGAUGUCCAUCGUUUACCUUCAGCAUCGUGAAUUAGUUUAGUGCAUAAUAAGCAUACAGACCUUUGAUUCUAUUUUCAUGUGGUCAAAAUAAUACUUUCUGGAUUUUGUUGUCGAAAGAGGGCGUGUUCAGUAGUGGCUAUAGAAGCCUCAUAUUGUUGUUUAUAAUAGCAUACAAGAAAGAGCCUUUGAUAAUAUGAGGGUACUCAUUUGUCAUGAGCUUUCUCAUCUCUUAAAAUUAGUGUUUAAAAUUCAAUUCUGAUCCUCUUUCACAA